ACUGCAGAACAGUAGAAUCAGUUUGAAAAAGAACAUGAAUUGGUGUCCUUUAUUGAUAGUUCUAGUGAUCUGGAACCAAAUUGACCGUGUUGUAUUGGAAUGUGUUCAAGGACAGAAUUGCUCAUUACCGUCUUGUUUCUGUGGAACGUUUGAACAUCCGCUGGGCAGAAGAAAUAUACCUCAGAUCGUCUACUUUGCUAUUGAUGAUGGUGUAAAUAGCGAGGUAGCCGAGUUCUACAACAGAUUGUUCCAUCCAAGCAGAAAGAAUCCAAACGGAUGUCCAAUUGCAGCAACUCUCAUGACCACUAUCAAAGGUACAGAUUUUGACCUCUUACAAGAUUUUUACAAUCGUGGUUUCGAGAUAGCAACUCAUGCAGACACACCGUCGGCCAUAACAAACUCAACAAUACUGGAGCUGGAAAUCAAGACCGAGCGUCAAACAGUAUUGGAUAAUGUUGUUAUGUCUGCAAACGAUAUUCAGGGAUGGAGGAGUCCGUAUCUGAAAACUGCUGGAGACGAACAGAUAAGGGUUCUAAAGAAGCUUGGAUACAGGUACGAUACAUCAAAAACUUUCAUCAGAAAGGAUGCAGCAAACGGUAAGAAUACUUUCCCUUUAACCGCAGAUUUUCCUUGGCCUUUCCCCUGCAAUAUACCUCCUUGCUGGUCAGGCUCUCAUAGCAGUUUCUGGGAAGUGCCGAUCAAUGCUCUGUGGGACUAUAAGAAGGCAUUCCCUUGUCCAACGGCAGAUGGAUGCCAUAACCGUCCAGAUACUGAAGAAGAUGCGCGAGAGUUUAUAAUGAUGAAUUUUAAAAAUUCUUUCGAUGGUAAUCGUGCACCACUUGGUUUCCAUUUGAUUGGAAAUUUUUUGCGCCACGUUCCUUUUUAUCGUGCUCUGGAUAGAGUCAUUCAAGAAAUUUUACAUAGACCAGAUGUGUACAUUAUUCCUAUUUCUAAAAUGUUAGAUUGGAUGGAGCAACCGGUUCCCUUAUCACAAAUUUUCAGAUUUGGACCUUGGAAAUGCGGUCCGUUACCGUCCCCAACACCAGCGCUGCCAGCUCUUCCGACAAUUGUACCGAAAAUGAAUAUGGAAAAGUGUGUGCAGGGUCGAAAUUGUAAACUACCAUCGUGUUUCUGUAAAACUUUUGACCAUCCAAUGAAUAAAUCCAACAUUCCUCAAAUAGUUUAUCUAGCAAUAGACGAUGCAUUAGACAAUUCUGUUUCGGGGUUUUUUGAAAGACUCCUGUUGAAUAGAACAAACCCAAAUGGGUGCCCUAUAUCAGCAACGUUCUUUGUUCCGAAUAAAGGAACUAACAACACUCUAGUUAGCUAUUUUCACUCCAGGGGAAUGGAGAUAGGGUCGCACAGUGUAAAUCAUAAUAAUAUUAUCACCAGAGAAGCUGUUUUUAGAGAUGCAAGACGUUCGAAAGAAAAUCUGGCAACUUUUGCAGAUAUUCCUCUAUCGGAUAUCAGAGGCUUCAGAAGUCCUUAUUUGGCUACAGCUGGUGACGACCAAGCUGAUAUUUUACAGAACCUCGGGUACAUUUAUGAUAUAUCCUACACGUACACCAGAAGGCCAUCUUAUGCUAAAAAUGUGUGGCCAUUCACUGCCGACUUUGGAUGGCCUUUACCAUGCAACAUAGCUCCAUGUCUUCAGCAGCCCCACAGGGGUUUUUGGGAGGUUCCAGUCAAUUCUAUGUGGGAUUACACAAACACAGGAAUAUGUACGUAUGCAGAUGACUGUCAGAGACCUCCACCAACACAAGCACACGUAAGGAGAUACCUUACCAACAACUUCAAGAACUCGUACGAGGGAAACAGAGCACCAUUUGGGCUCCACUUUCACGGUCGAUGGUUCCAUGAAACCAGAAACUUAUUGGGCUUCGAAAGCUUUUUGAAUUAUUUGCAGACUUUACCCGAUGUAUACAUUGUUUCUGUUAAGAAAAUGUUAGACUGGGUGCAGUAUCCCACUCCUGUAAACCAAAUACAAGCAUUUGGACCCUGGAAAUGCAGGACAAUGCAAACUCAUUCACAGCCAAUUGCAUAAACUUAUCAGAUUUGAAAACAUUUUUAAAUGCACCGGUGAAAUAUGAAAUAUAUUGAUUUAACUAUUAA